AUGGAAGCAGUCCCGACGCCGAUGGUGACCGAGCUUGUACAUCGCAAGCAUCCUGAUCGCCGUCGAUCCUCAGCUUCCUCAAACACCUCGACUACCAACCGCCGCCUCAGCUCCCACUCCAUCUACGCCCGAUCUGUAAUGAGCAAACUCACCAUCCCUCUCGACAACGCAAAGCAACCAAACACAAACCCCGACAACGACCUCACUCCGCGCGCCUCAUCCGCUGAGCCCAGAUUCCCUGCGGUUGCGCCUGCAAAGAACGUGCAAGCUCUCAAGGAGCGCGCACUUCAGAAUGGCGAACUAAAGGCUGUACCGAACCCGGUCCAACAACAACACCACAAUGGCACUCUGGUCACAAAGGAUGGCGUGGGCGCUGCCUUGAGUGACACCCCACUGCCAUCCGUUCCGGGGAGCCCGCGGGAGUAUGGAGACGCGCCGCCGCAGAGCUCAUCCUACUUCACUGACCGUAACAGCGCCAUAACCCGCAACAGCUCCGCCGUGUCAACCCCGCGAUUACGGCCUACUACGCUCGAUAUUCCCGGCCUGACCAAGUCCAAGGUCUCCCCCGACGGCAAGAUCGCACAGCGAGAUGUCGGCUCCAAGCUCGUCAUCGUCAUGGUCGGACUGCCCGCGCGCGGCAAGUCAUACAUCACAAAGAAAAUGGCACGGUACUUGAACUGGCUGCAGCACGACACCAAGAUUUUCAAUGUGGGAGAGAAGCGGAGAGUAGCUGCGAGCCACAGUGGGUUUCGGCUGUCGCAAGCGAACCUCGAGCGGGUCUCUUCGUCCGUCAAACAGGCCAUCGAGGAACAUCAGGACACACUGCCGCAAAUCGCUGCGAAAAUUCUUAUCAAUGGCGACCCCGCGCACGAUGGGCCCGUAGACCCACAGAACCUGCCGGACCCACGCCGGGGGAGCACGGCCAUUGCGGAGGAUGACGAAGAGGGUCCGUCACUACCACCACCACGCGUCGAAGUCACAUCGCCAGGCCCAAAGGCGCCGUCACCGAACAAUGAGGCGGUGGAAGAGGAGAACGAGUCCAUGGACCAGUCCGCGGACUUUUUUGACCCUCAAAACCAACGGGCAGCGGCACUGCGAGAGCAAUGCGCCAUGGAGACUCUGGACGAUCUGCUCGACUACAUCCUGAAAGGCAGUGGCUCUGUCGGCAUUUUCGAUGCAACCAACAGCACACUCGCGCGGCGCCAGCAGAUCAUGGAGCGGAUACGGAACCGUGCCGGGCCAGAACUCAACGUUCUGUUCGUCGAGAGCGUAUGCCGCGACCAGAACCUGCUCGAAUCCAACAUGCGCCUCAAGCUGUCGGGCCCAGAUUACAAGGACAAGGACAAGGUCGCGGCACUGGCCGACUUCAAGAAACGCGUGGCCAUUUACGAGAAGAACUACGUUCCGAUCGGCGACUACGAGGAAGACAACAACAUGCCGUACGUCAAGAUGGUGGAUGUUGGCCGGAAGAUGAUCUCGCAUCAGAUCAAGGGCUUCCUCGCUGGCCAAGCCGUCUACUACCUCCUCAACUUCAACCUCGCACCGCGCAUGAUCUGGAUAACACGACACGGCGAGUCAGCGGACAACGUGGCUGGAAAAAUUGGCGGCGACUCCGACCUUAGCGAGAACGGACAAAAGUACGCAAAGGCGAUGACACGCUUUAUUGCGGCCCAGCGCAAGGACUGGGCAGUCCGACAGGCAGACAAGAUGGCCAAUACUCACUUCCCACCAGUAGCAGGCGACCACACCCCUCCGAACCCGUACUACAGCCACGAGCUCGAGCAACGCAACUUCUGUGUCUGGACAUCCAUGCUCAAGCGCGGCAUCCAAACAGGGCAAUACUUUUGCGACGAAGACUUCGAGGUCAAGCAGAUGCGCAUGUUGGACGAGCUGAACGCAGGUCUCAUGGAGGGUCUGACCUACGAAGAGAUCCGCACAAAGUACGCAGACGAGUACCUCCAACGGCGACGCGACAAGCUCGCCUACCGAUACCCCGGCCCCGGCGGCGAAGGCUACCUCGACGUCAUCAACCGCAUCCGCCCCGUUAUCGUAGAGCUCGAGCGCAUGACAGACCACUGCCUGCUCAUCACACACCGCAGCGUAGCCCGCGUGCUACUGGCAUACUUCCAGGGCCUCAAGCGCGAGGACGUGGCUGACCUGGAUUGCCCAUUGGGUAUGCUGUACCAGUUGGAACCCAAGCCCUACGGCGUCGAGUUCAAGGCCUGGCGAUACAACUCCGAAACAGAUGACUUUGACCAUCUGCCGGAUUACAAGCUCAGGCGUGCGCCUACGCUGGCAAACAACUAG